AUGAUGGAUGUGACAAGUUCUGAGGCUGGUUCGAUUGCUUUGAUCGAUCAUCCAAUUCAAAAAGUCCAGGAAGAACUUGUUUGUUUACGCUCUUUGCUGAGGAAAAUUGUGGAGCUGCACAAUGAAGACGAGGAGGUCCAGGCAAUUUGGGAUCGUAUUGUUGGGGUGGCAUAUAGGAUAGAGUUUCUUAUUGACUCCUUAAUAACUGGAAAUAUCUUUGAUUCUUCUUCAAUGUCCAUUCAUUCCAUUUUAGAAGAAAUGAACAUCAUUAAAGCUGCGGCCUUGAAGAUUUGUGGUAGCGCAAGACUUGGUGGAGAAGUAAAGGAACUAACGAAGAGAUUCAAUCACAUGCCACAACAAGGAAGUAAGCCAAUAGUCAAUGAUGUGGUGGUGGGAUUCGAGGAUGAGAUGGCAUCGAUAAUCAAUGGACUCAGAAAUGGAUCACGCCAAGUGAAAAUUGUUUCCAUUGUGGGUAUGCCGGGAUGCGGUAAGACAACUUUGGCUAGAAAAGUGUACAAUGAUUCUUCAGUGAAGUCCCAUUUUUAUGAGCGUGCUUGGUGUACUGUUUCUCAAAUAUAUGACAAGAGAAAUCUGUUGCUUCAAAUUUUGAGUUGUAUUGAGUCCAAGCUUCCUGAGGAUGUUUUUAAGAUGGGUGAAGAAGAUCUGGCUCUUCAAGUCAAAAGACGUUUGCUGAAAAACAGAUAUCUCAUUGUUUUGGAUGAUGUAUGGAACAUUGAUGCAUGGAACGGAUUGGAAGCCUCAUUCCCUGAUGAUGGAAAUGGAAGUAGAGCUAUCUUGACAAGUCGGCUCCGUGGUGUUGCUCCGCAAGACAAACUCGACCAAGAACCACAUUCUCUUCGUCAACUCACUCCUAAUGAGAGCUGGGAUUUGCUAAAAGGGAAGUUAUAUCCUGGACAAGAUUUGGCUCCUCCAGAACUAUGUGAAAUUCGACAGCAAGUAGUGGAAAUGUGUCAAGGACUACCUCUUACGGUUGUCAUUCUUGCCGGAAUUCUCUCAAGGAUGGACCCAAAUGGUUGGAAAGAAGCUGUGGAAGGUUUAUGUUCAAGGAAUGUUUCUAGUACGGAACAGUGUACCGCUACACUAGAGCUGAGUUUCAAACAUUUACCUGAUACUUUGAAGGCGUGUUUUCUUUAUUUUGGAGCCUUUCCAGAAGACCAUGAGCACAAUACCAAGAGGUUGAUUUCUCUAUGGGUCGCUGAAGGAUUUGUUCAAAAAACUCAGCUCAAGAGAACAGAGGAUGUGGCAAAUGGUUACCUGAUGGAACUUAUUAGCAGAAGCUUAGUCAUAGUUUCGAAACCAAGAUCCAUUGAUGGGGUCAAAGCUUGUCGCAUUCACGAUUUGUUAUAUGAGUUUUGUGUGACAAAAGCCAAAGAAGAAAAGCUUUUGCAGCUGGUACGUAGGUAUGAUGACUUAUCUGCUUUCACAUGCCAUGCUACCUACGCCGCUUAUGCAUUAUUGAUUCUAAGGUCGAGCACUUAG